AUGAUAUCUAGAAUAACCAAUGAACAAUUCAAUGAAAAUAUAGAUCAAUUCAAUGAAUUGUUAAUUGAUAACCUACAUUGGAAUACUUCAAACAAUGACAUCAUGAUCAAGAAUAAUUAUGUCAAGAAAUUACCAAUUGGUAAUAAGGUAUACUCCCACACUUCGCUUGAAGUGAAAGGAAUUCGACUAGACUUUACAAUAUCCUAUCAUGAUCUUUAUAACGUCCCAAUAAUCAAUGUAAGGCUCUACAAAGAUCAUAAAUUAAUAUUAUCAUUACUUGAGACAAGGGAUAUCUUAAAGAUAGGGCUGGCAGUUACAUCAUUAAACACACAUCAUCUUUUACAAGAUACUUGGGUACAGAUACAUCCAUGUGAGACAUUACAACAAUUGGAAACACAUCUGAAAUCAAUUGGAUUGAAAUGUCAGGUGAAUCCAAUCGUGGAAUAUUUAUGUUGCUGGUUUGGGGUUUAUGGAUUAUCAUCGAUAUUCCCACAAAUUACAUUUAGACCUACUUUAUAUAGAUAA